AUGUCGUUAAGUUCUCAGACAUCAUCAAGGAGAAGUUCGACAAACUCAGUCACAAGAUCAUCUACAUCAUCAUUAAAAGGUAAAACAACUGGAAGAAAGAGCCUUGAACCAAAAAAAAAUUAUGAUGAUCUUAAAGGUUUCUCACUUAAGGAUCUCCGUGAGAAGAAACAAGCAGCAAUUAAGGCUCUGAACUUUGAUGAAGCUGCUCGUAUCACUAGAUACAUGGCUGGCAAUAACGUUGAUGAAACUGCUACCUUUGCAGAGUCAUUGAAGAAUGAACUCUGCCAAAAUGUUGAUUACCUUUUAAGAACGUACGAUCUCUUCGAAAAAGAAGCAAAGAAGAAAUAUUUCGAAGAAGAAUCUAAAAUCCGUGCACAGAAGAAGGUUGUCUUUGAUAGAUUAGUUAAAGACUUCGAAGAUAAGGUUCACGCCUACGAAAUUGACCGUAAGAUUGACCUCACACUCGAAAAUCAACGUGCUGUUGGUCAACAACAAGCUCUUGAAGCUAAGGCACGCAAUCAUGCCAAGAACGACAACUUCGAGGAAGCUAAGCAAACACUCCAAGAAGCUAACGAAGUCGGAAACAUUGAGCGCCAGAGAAGAUGCUUAGUCGUUAACGACAAAUACGAUAAGCUUAUCGAAAACGCCGAGAUACAGCUUAUGAAUGACAUCCAGUCACUUCAAGCUCGCGUUGAAACAGAGAUUAACAAUGCAUUGGGAAGAUAUAACAAUGCUAUUGCCCAACAACAAAAGAUAACAGCUGCUCAGAUUGUCCAAGCUCCUCAAAAGUUACUUACAAAGAGAAUGUCCAGUGAAACAAAGAAAGAAACAACAGAAAUGAAAUCAAACGAAAAGAAACGUCAGGAUAACUCAAAGUUCAAACAAACAGCCAAAGAUACACUUCAGAAACUCGAAAAUUAUUUGAUCAGCAAAUUACAAGAUGAAGAUCGUAUGUUCGUUUUCGCGGCUCGCGGAAAUACUUAA